UUUGUAAGUCGUAUAGCUAUAUCGUUGUAUGCUGUAUAAAUGCUUAGCACAGUGUUUUGUUUUUCCGUUACUUUCGUUCUAUCUCCUCUCAGAGUUUAACAAGUAUUCCUUUCGUAUUCGAUAACUCGUUUGAAAUUCUUCAUACCACGUUUCUCGAGAAGUCGUGAGAACAUUUGAAUCGAAUAUUAUGAAUGUCGAACACGAUCUAAGACGAUUUGUGCAGUACGAAAGCUUCUGUAACUGCAAGCCGCAAGACUGUCGUUGCGGUGAAAACGAUGCAACACAUGAAUGGACAUGGGACGAAAAGUUGGCCACACAUACUGUCGCCUUGUCAGGAAAAAAUUUAGAAGUUAUGUUUCACAGUGGGUAUAGCAGUGGUACAGCUGGUGUGAGGGGCACUAAACCUUUAGAAAAAGGAAAGCUACAUUACUGGGAACUUAAGAUGCUUACCCCUGUUUAUGGGACAGACAUAAUGGUUGGAGUUGGAACAAGCAAAGUAGAUCUGAAUGGGAAAAGCGAUACCUUUUGUUCCUUGCUUGGACUUGAUAAGGAAUCUUAUGGUUUUUCUUAUCAAGGAUAUGUACAACAUGGCGAUGAAAAACGAAAGUAUGGUUGCUGCUUUGGGCAAGGCAGCUUAGUUGGUAUAUACUUGAAUACAUGGAGGGGCACUUUAGAGUUUUUCGUGAACAGGGAACCUCUUGGCAUUGCUUUUACCGGACUACAAGAUGUCAUGUUGUAUCCUAUGGUAUCUUCUACUGCCGCCCAGAGUAUGAUGAGACUAACUCAUGCGUGUUCCAUUCCAGUAUCUUUGCAAACAGAAUGUUUGGCUGUGUUAAAAUCUCCGCAACGAGAAUACUUAGCGACUAUGUUUCCGGGACUACGGUAUCUCUCGGGGAAUAUUAUUGCAGAUAUAUUGAAAUCAAAAUUAAAAGAUGAGGACAAAGAGAAGGACGAUCUAAAGUCCCGAACGGACCAUAUGAUACUUGACGAUUAUGACUAUGCCCUAGUAGGUAUUAGUAGGAGAAAGAGAAAGAGGAUAUAAAUUACAACGACGUAUAUCUUCUUCUUCUUCUUACUUUUUUUUUCAUACUUCUUACAUUCGCAAAAGUUCUAUAUUUUAUACGUUUUAUAUUAUAUUACUUAACUAUUUUUUGUACACUUGUAUUAUAUGUAUAUACUAAAAAGAGUUAUAUCAUAAAAAUAUAAGUAACAAAGAAGCUUGCUAACAUGCAAGACGAAACUUA